AUGGUCAAAUCAACUGCUCUCGCGCUGUCUCUCGCCACUACCGGCCUCGCUGCCCCAUACUCGAACGGCUCAUCAUGGUCUGGCUGGAAGAAUGUCAAACAACUAUUCGUCUUCGGUGAUUCCUAUACGCAGACCGGCUUCGACGUGAAAGGAACACAACCCAGCGCCUCAAACCCGUUCGGCAACCCGGCGUACCCCGGCUACACGUCCUCCAACGGACCCAACUGGGUUGGAUUCCUCUCUACAACCUACAAUGCCAGUGACCUUCUUACCUACAACAUGGCCUAUGGAGGCGCCACUGUUGACUCCGACCUCGUAACACCAUACGCGCCCACAGUCAUCAGCAUGAAGAACCAAGUCCGCACCGAAUUCCUUCCCACAUAUGGUGCACAUCCGGAUACCGCACCCUGGUCAUCCGCAUCGUCUCUCUUCGCCUUCUUCAUCGGCAUCAACGACGUAGGAAACAGCUGGUGGCUCAACAACGCCACGCUCUACGACACCAUCUUCUCUGUAUACGGCAGCCUCCUCGAAGACGUAUACGCAACCGGCGCCCGCAACUUCUUGUUCCUGAGCGUGCCGCCUGUCAAUCUUGCGCCAAUGACGCUGAACCAAGAUGACGGUGGUUACGCAAAGGAGAACGAGGGUAAAGUUAUCCUGGAUUGGAAUAAGAGGCUCAGUGAGAUGGUGAACGCGUUCCAGGCGAACCAUACUGGAACCACUGCCUUUAUACAUGAUACCUGGGGUCUGUUCAAUGCCGUCAUUGAGAACCCCGCUAGUUAUGAGCAAACCGCCGGAUUGAAGAAUGUCACUGACUACUGCGCGGCCUACAUGAAUGGAACACCGGAUUGGUACACCAAGAACGACACUUGCGAGUACCCAGUCAAUGAGUACUUGUGGCUCAAUGAGCUACAUCCUACUUUCCCUAUUCACAACGCCACUGCAGCUUCAAUCGCAGAGUUAUUGAGCAAAGAGUAA